AUGUCUCUGUCUCUACUUGCUCUCUCUCUCUCUCUCUCUCUCUCUCUCUCUCUCUCUCUCUCUCUCUAUCUAUCUAUCUAUCUAUCUCUUUAUCCCCCCCUUUCCUCCAUCACUUCUCUCUUUCUCUUUUACCUUUCACUCUUUCAUUGCUUUGAUAAUAUAAUGUCAAAUCGAAUACGACAUUGUCUAUCGUCUGUUUUUCUUUUCCCUUUUAACCUUCUAUGCUUUACUUUUUGCUUUACUUUUCUUGUUCUUCUUUUCUUUCUUGUCGCUCUUUCUUACCCCUUCUCCCUCUCUCUCCUUCACAUUUUCUCUUUCUUCUUCCUACUCACUCUCUUUCUUCCUCUAUAUAACUUUUUUUCUCUCAUUUUUCUCUUUUUUCAUUCUUCGUCCACCAAUCCAUCUUUUCUUCCUUCCUCUUUUUCAUCCUCUUUCUUCUCCUUUAUGCUAAUUUUACGUCACGCUCUUCCUUUUGCUGUUUACUCAUUCUUUUCUCUCACACUCUUUCUUCCGUCUUUUUUGUGUUCAUCCUUCUCUCUUAGUUCGUUAUUCUUUUUCCUAACACUUUUCCCUCUCUUUUCUUUCACUCUUCCUUUCUUUACUUUCUCUCUCUCUCUCUCUUUUUUUCUCCUAUCACUUUUUAUUCCUUUGUCACACUCUUUUUGUUCUUUAUUUUCAUUCUUUUCCCUCCCCUUCAUUUCUUUCUCACUUUUCUUUCACUUUUCCUCUUGGCUUCUCGUCUUUUGCCACCAAAAGACGGCGCACAAAAUCUCUGAACAAAAAUAUUUUAUGUUAAUCGCUUUCGGAGAAAGAAAUAUUUCCCACAUGAGUCAAGUCAGCUUAAAUUUGGCACAAGGAUGGAACGCUCAGGAUCCAAGUAAUAAUCCUUACGGAUUGUUAACAAUCACGUUCUCUCUCUCUCUCUCUCUCUCUCUCUCUCUCUCUCUCUCUCUCUGUGCUAUGUCCAUUGAAGACUCUCCACAGCGUCCUGUCUUUUGUUACUUUUAA